GGGAGCCGCGGCGAGGGAGGGCAGAGCGCCAUGAACCUGAGGGGCCUGUUCCAAGAUUUCAAUCCUAGCAAAUUUCUUAUCUAUGCUUGCCUGCUGCUGUUCUCGGUUCUGCUUUCUCUCCGUUUGGAUGACAAGAUUCAAUGGAGCUACUGGGCAGUGUUUGCUCCAAUAUGGUUGUGGAAGUUAAUGGUCAUCGUGGGUGCCUCAGUAGGAACAGGAGUAUGGGCACGGAACCCGCAGUAUCGAGCAGAAGGAGAAACAUGUGUGGAGUUCAAAGCUAUGUUAAUUGCAGUGGGCAUCCACUUGUUACUGCUGAUGUUUGAAGUGCUAGUCUGCGAUGGAAUCGAGAGAGGAACCCGCUUCUGGCUUCUAGUCUUUAUGCCGUUAUUCUUUGUGUCUCCAGUGUCAGUUGCAGCUUGUGUGUGGGGAUUUCGGCAUGACAGAUCUCUAGAGCUGGAAAUCCUGUGUUCUGUCAAUAUUCUUCAGUUCAUAUUUAUUGCACUCAGACUGGAUGAAAUUAUCAAGUGGCCAUGGCUCGUUGUCUGUGUCCCUCUGUGGAUCCUGAUGUCUUUUCUGUGCUUAGUCGUACUCUAUUACAUUGUCUGGUCUGUCUUAUUCUUGCGCUCAAUGGAUGUGAUUGCUGAACAAAGGAGAACUCACAUAACAAUGGCCAUCAGUUGGAUGACAAUUGUGGUUCCGUUACUCACCUUUGAAAUCCUGCUGGUUCACAGACUAGAUGGACACAACACGUUCUCAUAUAUACCCAUAUUUGUUCCUCUUUGGCUUUCGCUGAUAACUUUAAUGGCAACAACGUUUGGGCAGAAGGGAGGCAAUCAUUGGUGGUUUGGAAUUCGCAAAGACUUCUGUCAAUUCCUACUUGAAAUUUUCCCAUUCCUAAGAGAAUAUGGCAACAUUUCUUAUGAUUUGCAUCAUGAAGAUAAUGAGGAAACAGAAGAAACCCCUGUUCCAGAACCUCCCAAAAUAGCUCCAAUGUUUCGAAAAAAGACUGGAGUGGUCAUUACCCAGAGUCCUGGUAAAUAUGUUAUACCACCUCCCAAACUAAACAUUGAUGUGCCAGAUUAAAAAUGAACAUUAGAACUGUGUGGCACAAAGCCAGAUCUGACUCUUCCCCAUGAAACUACUCCUGGGAAUCAGUGGCCAACUGUUUUAUCUCAUGACUUGUUUUAGUUUUGUUUAUGGAUAGAAAGAUGUCCUUUAGUGGCUACAGUGUAGGUAAUGGAAAUUUCUUUUAUAUAAUUUAAGAGUUUCUGUAUAUUAGCACAUGAAAUGCCAUACCAGUAAAUCAGUGAGGAGACAAUAGCUAUAAUAAGGUUCACAGACAAAAAGCAUCUUGUCACAUCUGCACCUAUCAAGUCAUUAACUAUGGAA